AGAGAGAAUACGGGCCGUAGUCGUCGGGACAAUUAGCUGCGAAGCUAAUAUCUCGUCAACGUUAGCUACGAAAGAAAAAACGAUAUCCCCAAUAUUUUCAUUCUCGUUUCCGUUAUUAUUAAAUCAUAUUAAUAUCUGAAGGCGAAGUUAAUCAUCUAAUCCAAUUUUUGUCAAGUACCGAUUUUGUAGCUAGCGAGUAAGCUAAACGGCGAAGAAUCUUAAGCUUACAGCCAGCUUGAUAAUAUUAGCUAGCUAGCUGUCUACUUGUUCAUCAAACUAACAUUAGUUAGAUAAUUUUGACGUUUCGGUAACUAGUCGCUCUUGUUUGAUUUUAUUUGGUGUAUAUAGAUAACUACCUCGGUGAUUUAAAGUGUACUCUUUUCUGGUAACGUCACCGUUUUUGAAAGAAAAUCACCUGGUGUUGCUAGUCGGUUAGCCAUCUAGCUAACGUUAGUUCAUUAAACAUCUUUUUAAAGACGUUGUUAGUUAAGCUACAGUCAGAUAUAGCUGGCUAGCCACGCAUUUGCACCUAAUUAGCUGGUCUGAAGAUAUCCAGGUAUUGAAGGUAUACACAAUUGGAAGACAUGAACUCCAAUGUGGAGAACUUGCCCCCCCAGGUUCUGCGGCUCGUAUACAAGGAGGUGACAGCGCUGGCUGCUGACCCCCCUGAGGGUAUCAAGAUCUAUCCCAGCGAAGAGGACAUCACAGAGCUACAUACUGCAAUAGAGGGACCAGAGGGAACUCCAUUUGCAGGAGGUAUUUUCCGGAUGCGCCUCGUCCUAGGGAAAGACUUCCCUGCAGCACCACCCAAGGGAUACUUCUUGACCAAGAUUUUCCAUCCCAACGUUGGCCACAAGGGUGAAAUCUGUGUCAACGUCCUAAAGAGGGACUGGAGAGCUGAACUGGGUCUCAGACACGUCUUGCUUACCAUCAAGUGCCUGCUGAUUCACCCCAACCCUGAGUCAGCUCUCAAUGAGGAAGCCGGGCGCUUGCUCUUGGAAGACUAUGCAGAGUACGCCUCCCGUGCUCGGCUCCUCACCGAAAUCCAUGCCAUGGGCGGAACAGGGGGGACCUCCACAGGGCCCCAGGAAGCUGGCGAGGGGCCGCAACCCAAAAAACACGCCGGAGACCCCAACAAAAGGCCACAAGUAGUAGGAGCUGCCCCCACAGGGGCAAAUGGCAGCGGAGCGAAUGGCAGCAGUAGUGGUAAUAGCAAUAGUAAUGUGGUAGUGAAAAAGAAAACGGAUAAAAAAAGAGCUUUGAGGCGACUCUAAUAGAAGGUUGAAAGAGUAUGUAUGUGUGUGUGUGUGCGUGCGUGCGUGUGUGUGUGUGUGUGUUUAGAAGUGAGCAGACUACUAUUUCUUCACCUGUUUCUUAUCCAACCCAAAUCUGUCAAUUUUUACUCUUGUGUGUCAUUCUUCCUUGAUCUUUUUCACUGUUUUACUC